AUGGUGAAAAUCACCUUCGUCCAUCCCGGAACGCAGCCUCCCGUCUUUGUGGCGGGUUCCUUUACUACGCCACCAUGGGAGCCCCAGGAAAUGCAGUAUACCCAACUGCAGUCAGACGCAGCCCAAGGCCCCACAGAAUAUCGAUUUCAUAAAGAUGUUGACAUUCCAGUGGGCGAGUGGCAAUACAAGUUUCGAAUAGGGCAUGGAGACUGGUGGGCCUUGGACGAAGCCACCGAAACAGCAACUGAUGUCGCUGGCAACAAGAAUAACCUUUUGCGCGUGGAAAAGUCGGACUCUGAGACUGGACAGAAGGAGAGUGACAAGGCCCUUCUAUCGGCAAAUACGCAACACGUACCCGAACUGGUGGUGGAAAAGGUUAGCAACGAGCCGGCAUACGGAGACGAUCUGGGCCCAGAUGCAACCUUUACCCAGAGGCUCGCCCAUGAGCGGCGGGCAAUGGAUGCAGAGCCUGACAAGGUCAUCAUUUCACCAAAGGCAGAGGCAAACCAAAAGGCUUCGUGGCUUGAAGACACUUCAAGCCGUAAUGUGUCCGCUACACCUAUUCCACAGGUCGCUGCCACGGCUGCAGAAGUGGCCGAUGUGGCGGCCAUGCUUGACAAGACCCCGGAGCCUGGCAGCUCUCGUCUGUCCAGCACGAAGCCCGAGCGAUUGUCAUCGACUCCUAUUGCUGAAGUUGCCGCUACCGCUGCGGAGGUGGCCGAUAUUGCAGCACUGCUUGACAAGACACCCGUAACUUCUCGACCUGCCAGCGCGAUCCCGGGACGACUCUCUUCCACGCCGAUUCCCGAAGUGGCUGCCACCGCCGCCGAGGUUGCUGAUGUUGCUGCUACUCUUGAUCGGACGCCAAGUAGCGCGACCCCGAGACCAGCAGGUGCAAGGCCAGAGCGUCUUUCGAGCACGCCGAUAGCCCAAGUUGCAGCUACAGCGGCCGAGGUUGCCGAUGUCGCUGCACGUCUGGAUCGAACGCCAGAGCCUGGUGCAUCAAAACAAACUUCAAAGACUCUGAUUGAACAGGCAGCGGCUAGAGCGGCGGCCCUUGCGAACGCUCCUGUGAAGCCAGAAAAAUCAGGACAAGGCCCGCCAGAAUUGUCCAGGAUGGAUCGACAACGGCUCUCUCUCGCACCGGUUCCUGAUUCCGUGGAACUGGUGAAUGCCGCAGCAGAAACCACCCGCGCGAAAGAAAAAGAUGAGAAGGAGUCGGCAGCUGCAAAUCCAACCAACGGGUUUCCCACUAACAUGGAAUCUUCUGGCCCAGAGGAUUCUGGGACUAAUUCGCCUCGGGUUGAACAUGCCCCUCUUUUUGCACACGAAUGUCUGAGUCCCCUUGACUCGAAGGAUUCGAAGCAGUAUAUUGAGUCAAAACUUGGUGUUGGUUUGAAUGAGGAAACGAUCGAAGACGAGGAUUUUGACGAUCCAAUGCUGGAGAACUUUCCCACUGAGCGUGCCGGUAUUUUGCGCCGUAUUCGUACCCUGUCGACCAAUUUGAAUGAGGAUCACACGCUACCGGAAGGCUUUCCCAUAUCCCCCGUCCACGUUUCGGACCAUCACCGUGAUGAUCAUUUGACUCCGGUGACUCCGCAAAAAGAAGAUCACCUGAGUCUGCUGACUCCACUGACUCCACAGCGGGAAGAUAGUUUACUGCCGCACAAGGACGAGCAGGCGUCACGAGUACCUGCAUCCUCUGCAUCAAACGAGCGCUCAUCUCCCUUACUGUCCAUUCCAGAGGAACAAGAUGCUCCACCUCUUGCUUUGCCAGAGGCUGCGAACACUGUAAAAGGUAACCAUUCUGAUUGUGAUGGCUUGGCAGGAGAGGCCACAAAUGAAACAAUAUCCAACCGCAAGCAGGAUCCCGAUUCGCACAAGGCCGAUGGCCCAGUGUCGGAGCAACCUCCACCGAGUAGGGCACAACGAGCGGAGACAGAUGGAACUGAUGAAAACUCUGGUCCUGAUGCUCCUUCAGCCUCGAGUGAGCCCACUCUCCGUCAACGAAAGGCAACUUCUGGUAGCGAAUCCAGCUCGUCGCCGAAUGGCGCUGGUCCCGUCUACGUUCCUCCGAACAAUAAGCAUUUGAACAUUUUCCAAGCGGUAUGGCGAACGGUAUUCGUGGGCUGGUUUGGUGGAUUUAUUACGAGAUUGUGUCGGGGGAAUCGGCGCGCGUAA